CAUUUUCAUUUUUGUGGGGGAGGAUGAUCGUGGUGGUCUUACCGUAUUUGUUGUAAAAAUAUUUUGUAGUGUUGCAGUGAGUGAAUUAGUGCUCUAUUUAUCAUUAAACAAGGCUACCUAAUUUAAAGACACAAUGUUUAGUUGGCUAAAGAAAGAAGGUGAAAAAUCCGAGAGCAUCGAAAAUGUGGUGGAAGGUCUCAAAAGGAUUUAUAAAACAAAACUUUUGCCGCUGGAGUUACAUUAUCAAUUCCACGACUUCCACUCACCACAGCUCGAGGAGCCGGACUUCGAUGCGAAGCCCAUGAUCUUGCUCGUGGGACAGUACUCUACCGGGAAAACCACCUUUAUUAAAUAUCUCCUGGAACGAGACUUCCCCGGUAUCAGGAUAGGCCCGGAGCCCACGACAGACAGAUUCAUUGCAGUUAUGUACGACGAAAAGGAGGGCGUUAUUCCCGGCAAUGCGCUCGUCGUAGAUCCGAAGAAGCAGUUCAGGCCCCUUAGCAAGUUCGGCAACGCGUUCCUUAACCGAUUCCAGUGCUCGACCGUGAGCUCGCCCGUGCUCAAGGGCAUCUCCAUCGUGGACACGCCCGGCAUCCUAUCGGGCGAGAAGCAGCGCGUGGACCGCGGCUACGACUUUACGGGCGUGCUGGAGUGGUUCGCGGAGCGCGUCGACCGCAUCAUCCUGCUGUUCGACGCGCACAAGCUAGACAUCUCCGACGAGUUCCGGCGCAGCAUCGAGGCGCUGCGCGGCCACGAUGACAAGAUCCGCAUCGUCCUCAACAAGGCAGACAUGAUCGACCACCAGCAGCUGAUGCGCGUGUAUGGUGCACUCAUGUGGUCGCUAGGUAAGGUCCUCCAGACACCUGAGGUGGCCCGUGUAUAUAUUGGAUCCUUCUGGGAUCAGCCCCUGCGCUAUGACGUUAACAGAAGGUUAUUUGAGGAUGAGGAGCAAGAUCUCUUCCGAGAUAUGCAGUCUCUGCCUCGUAAUGCUGCAUUACGCAAACUAAACGAUUUAAUCAAGAGGGCUCGACUCGCUAAGGUUCAUGCAUAUAUUGUCAGCGAGUUAAGGAAAGAGAUGCCUUCAAUGUUUGGCAAGGAUGGUAAAAAGAAAGAGUUAAUAAAGAACUUGGGUCAAGUAUAUGACCGCAUUCAGAGGGAGCAGCAGAUAUCUCCAGGUGACUUCCCUGACAUCAAGAAGAUGCAAGAGACCCUGGCCAACCACGACUUCACCAAGUUCCACCCCCUCAAGCCCAAGCUGUUAGAGGUGGUGGACCACAUGCUGGCCACCGACAUUGCCCGCCUCAUGGACAUGAUCCCGCAGGAGGAUGUCAACAUUGUCUCAGAACCAUUGAUCAAAGGUGGUGCGUUCGAAGGCGUAGAGGACCAGGUGUCGCCGUUCGGGUACGGGCGCGGCGAGGGAGUGGACGCCGGCCACGGAGACCCCGAGUGGAUCUGCAGCAAGGAGAAGCCCCGAUACGACCAGAUCUUCCAGUCGCUCAACCCUAUCGACGGCAAGGUCACCGGCGCCGCCGCCAAGACGGAGAUGGUGAAGUCGAAGCUGCCCAACUCGGUGCUGGGCAAGAUCUGGAAGCUGUCGGACAUCGACAAGGACGGCUUCCUGGACGAGGACGAGUUCGCGCUGGCGAUGCACCUCAUCCACGUGAAGAUCGACGGCCACGACCUGCCCUCGGAGCUGCCGAGCCACCUCGUGCCGCCCUCCAAGCGCAACUGAGCGCCUCGCUCCUCGUCUGUCCACGAGCAUGCUCCUCGCAUCUACGCAAACUAGGAAUGUUGUCUAACUCCGAUAUUUGUUACUUACGAACUUUUAACAUUGAAAACGGUUAUUUUAUUGUUGUGUACUUCACUUUUGAGCACUGUUUUACUAAAAUCCAUGUUGAGUGUUAUAGUAACAAUUGUACAAUUUGGUAGAUGUACAGAAGUCAUAUAUUCAGCCAGACCGAUAACUCAACCUAAAACUAUUGUUAGCAGACUUAUCGAGCUAGGUUGAUGGGCGCAAGGCGUCCUAGCGUCAUGUCCAAGCGACCAGCGAGUCGGCGGGGUGUAGUGUGUGUGUGUGGCUUAGCGGGCGAGCGCGAGGGACCGCGACUAUCAACACUACAUGUGACAACACACAUGCACCUGCACACACAACAUACUACCAAUCAUAAAUUACAUUCAUUAAAAAAAAUACCUUUAUUUACAUGCAUACAUUACUCUGAAGUUUAGGAUAACAUAAUAUGUCAUUAUUAUGGCACGGUCGAUGUGUGAGUUUAUAUUUUAUCGUUGAAUUUUCAAAAUUUAUUUUAUUUUAUUAUUGAUCAAAUAGCUGCGUCCAAUGUAUUAGCUUUAUUUACUUAAAACUUAGAAGUCCACUAAUUCAGUGGCUGCGUCUUAAAUUAUUGUUUUGUUAAUUAUAAAUGUUUUAUUUUAAGUACAUCUUGAUUUUACUAAAAAUGUUCAUAAAUUUAUUUAAUAGUCAACUUAUGAUUGUUGUUGCAGUAGAUAUUUCUUUAUUUACAUAAUUUGUGUAUAGAUGAGUGAUGCUAAUGGUCGUAUUCCGCGAGAGUGACGAUAUCUGCUGCACGUAACGCAUGGUGUGUUCCGACCCGCGAUGAGUGAUGCACCAACACUUGUGCGCUCCGGCCUCAUCAUGCUUUAUAGUAUCUGUAAUUUUUAUUUUUCUUUAGCAAAUCAAUGAAAUCAUUUCGCUAUAUUUACCUACACUAAAUGUGCUGCAUUUAUAUGAUAUGGGACUAUCGAUGAUCCACGGUGCCUUUGCUUUAAUAUAAUUAGGUGUAAAGCUUUGUACGUCACUUUAUCAGUGGAUGGACGUGUAGGUCUGUUAGAGAGAACGAUGGGAGGUGCAUUACUACUUGUAUAGUCGAAUACCAAUAUCUUACGUCUGGCACUUCGUGUGGGGAUUGUGUAAAUACAGAAUUUUAUAUCGAUUACAUGUUUUGGAAUGUAUUUAGCGAGCCCACGUCGCUGGCUCGCUCCCGUGACGUGACGUGACGCUUGGCGCCGCGACGCCCGCGUGACGUCACACGGCACGAGCUCGGCGGCCGCGGCUCGCGCGCUGUUUUUACAUUUUGCUAUUGUAUGUACAUAAAGAUUAUGUAAAUUGAUUACUAUUAUAAAUUAUACAUAGUGUAAUAAAUAGUUAAGAAGGCAAA